AUGCAGAAGAGCAGCAACCAACGGGGCGAUGCCAAUUUCGAAUUGCAACGUGUCUUUGCAUCGGCAUGGAACAAGAGAUUAACGCCCGCCCAAUGGGGUAGAGCGAUCAAGGACCAUUUUGGACCUCGUGCCGCCACAUCUCCUCUCCUCUGCGAUUUUCUGCUGCAGCAAGCGCGCGUGGGUCCCUCUCCAUCGCCCUUGCUCCUCUCCUACAUCCGACACUCCCUGAGCGUUGGUCUUGUCGCCAAGGCCCAUUUCUUCAACAGCCUCUGCGAUGUGGCCUCGCCCGCGGCCCCGGGCCAGUUCUCGGCCUUCCUGCAGCUCGUGGCCGAGUUCGCGCCGCUGAUGAUCUCCCACGAGGAGCGGGAGGAGCUGCGACGGAGCAUCGCCAAGGAGCAGCAGAGCAGGCACAAGCGAAAGAGAGCGCUCUCGAAAAGCUACGACGACGAAGGCAUGAUGGAUCUCGAGGGCAGCAGCCAGGGAACGGAACCACACCAGGCCGAGCAGGGCGGAGACCACAGCAAAAAGGCCAGGACCGCCGCUGCGGCCGCCGCCGAGCUCGAGUUCGGCGAGGAGCAGAUGAAGGAAGGUGGCUCCACGACGACCGAUGGCAUCUCCUUCAUCGCACGGAUAUUCUUGCGACUAGCCGAGAUGCUCGUCUCUGCCGUGGCCUACCUAUCUUCCAGCUCGGCGGGGCAAGGAGGGUCUUGCAACAAUCUCGAGGUGUCUGUGAACACGCUGGUCGCCUUGCUCACCCACCACAAGUGCCUCGCGUUUUUGCUACUCGCCCGACACGAACAUCCCGACCUGUGGAGCUCGUUUUGCUCGAAGUGUGAGGAUCUAUUUAAAAGCGGCAGCGGAGAGCUGGUCAACCAAGCCACGUCGACGUCGCUCACGCCUCAUCCGCACAAGCACAUUCUCAAGCCUCUCUGGCGCGCUCUGCAAGGGCUGCUGAGCACGGAGUGGUGUAGGCUGUACUGUCGCGGUUGGCUGAAGCACAACCUGUUCACCAACGUCGCCCGACACAACUCGAACGCCUACAACCGACCAUGGAUUGCAAUCGCCCUCGUCGUGAAGGAGGAGUCUCCUCGAGUCUGCGGAGAGGAUGCGGAGCCUAAGGGGCUGCCGAGGGCUCGGAUGCUUUGGUCUGCGGCCCUGCGCUUCUAUAACUCCAAGCGCACUGCCGUCCACUCUCGCGAGUGGUACAUCGCCAGAAACUACCUGCUCGUGAAGGUGCCGCUGCUCAUGCAACAGUGGACGGACAUGAACGAAACGGAGCAGACCUUCGCGCAGAUUCCACAGCUGUCGCACUUCAACCCGGUCGAACUGUCGCUCAUCCACCUCUCCCACUUUCCCACGCUGGUGUCGCCCGGCGUGACCACCGGCACCAAGGCUCGCUCGUCGUCGGUCAGCAGCCCGCCUCUCACACCCACACAGGCGCUGGUGUCGCCCAGCAGCUCCACGCUCUCCACGUCGCACCCCGUCCUGACCGGCGCUUCACCGGCGGCCGCUUCUGCCGAUGCGCUCUCUAAUGCCGCCCAUUCGAUCAUGCUGGGCGAGCUUGCGAGCGCGUGUUUGCACCGCGGCCUGGUGUCCAGGGACAAGCUCGAGACUUUCCUGCCCGGGCUAACCAUCGACGGCGUCUCCACGGACCUGUACUCGGUCGAGGCCAUGCUCGCCGGCACUCCGCCCCAGAAGAAGGAGGACGUCGAUCAGCUGUUUGGGUUCCUGCGCAAUAAGGAGCUGGGCGAGGACGUGGUCAAGAAGGCGCUGGAGGUCGUCGGUAAUCUCCACCAGCACCUUCAAGCGCAGGAGCACCUUGUGCAAGCCGUCCUGUCGGCGUCGGAUCCGUUCGCGUCGCCGAUGGCUGUGAAGGAGGAAGAGGGGCCCAUCGCUCCAGCCACGCUCGCUCAGCUCUUUGCCACGCUCUGUUCCGAUUACGUGUUGGACGCCUUGUUUCUCCACGCCACGCUACCUCAGUUGGCCAGUAAUGUCGCCGUGCACUGUGCCAGAUGGGGAGACGGCGUGUUGACACAAGUCGAGGAGAUAUCUCCAGAGACGAGAUCGGAAGCCGCUUCGCUCUUCCCCUCAGCGUUCACGCUUCUCGUGGCGAUACUGGAGAAGCUCGAGGUCAAGUCCUGCGCCAGCAACCAGGAGGCGUUCCAGCGUACGGACGGGUUCAUGUACCUGCUGAGCGAAGAGAAGCGCCAGCGAGGCGAACUCAAGGAGGAGCCAAGUGGCAGCCACGGCUCCCCCGACGGCAGCAAGGAGAAGCACGACAAGGCCUCGCUCUUGACCUGGUACAACUCCUACAUGUUCUCCAAAUUCGACCUCAGCACGCCGGCCAAGGCACAGCUCUACCUGGGCUGCGUGCACAAGAAGUUCUCCCUCGCGGCUUGCUGCGCGCACUACAAGACGGCCCUGGACGUCAUCCCCUUCAUUCACAUCCCGCUCUACCUGUGGCUCGCCACCGAGCUCCUCGUCACCAUCCAACAUACCACCAUCAGCACUGGUGGAAGCCCUCCGUCGUAUCAAGUGUCCGUGCCCCUCCUGGUCCUCUCGACCCUCGCCGAGCAGCAUCCCCUCAGCGCCAAGGCACGUUCUAAACAUCGGGCUUCGGCCCCUCCCCCCAAAAGCGGCGCCGUGAUGGUGACCGCGAUCGGAGUGAGCCUGAAGAAGGCCCUCGAAACUGCAGGCGACAACCCACAAUCGGAGAAGCUCAAGACAAUGCUGCAGUCCGUGGUCACGACCAAAUAUACGCACACGACGCCGCUCAAUGCGCAGUUGCAGAAGGACUUCCUCGCGGCGCUGCCGGAGACGAUGCCCUCGACCUCCUUCACGCACUUCUCCUUCAUUCUGAGCCGCGUCGGCAAGCGGGAGUUCUGCGACCACAUGUUCCGCUGCAUCAUCCACAGCCUCCACGGCGGGAUGGGCAGCCGACACGCGCUCAGGGCUGCGGAAAUGAGCGCGUGCUUGGUCGCGCUGUGUGGCGGCAAGGACCUCGUCGCCACGCUCUUCUCACAGUACCUUCCGCUCUGCCAUUUUGGCCAAAAGACGCAGUUCUAUGGUCAGCUGGUGGCCUACAUGUCGGUACUGUCGGCCGCUCUCACGGGCAUGCACCUCGUGCCGCUCAGCCCACCCGGCCAGGCCAAGCCACCGGUGGAGCUGGCCCUCUUGGGCGUGUUUGACUACAUCACGACGCAGCUCGAGCUCAUGGUCGAACACCCGUCGUCGACGCUGGCCUUCACGCUCACCUUCCUCUCGCUGGCGACCGCCAUCCCGUCCAUCUUCCGCUUCGCGCCCGCCCUGCGCCUGGCCACCGCCCUCGCGAAGCUGGGGGCCUACCAGCUCCUCUUCUGCAUCUUCUUCACCCCCGCCUCGCCGUCGAAGACUGCCAUGAUGGCGAUGGCGAGCGGCGAAGAUGAACUCCUCCCGAUCGCCAGCAGCGACAGCGCCGCCAUCAGCAGCAGCCGACGAAUGCUCGACGUGGCCAAGGCCGUCAUCGCCCACAAGGCCUUUGGCGAUGCCAAGGAACUCCUCUUCGAGUGA